UUCUGGGAGCCAAUGGAAAUGCGAAUAUCAAUUCAAAACUUCGCUUGCAGCUGUACUAUCCACCUACUAAGCCUCGAUCUCAGUUAAAUGCUGUUGAGGUUUUCGAAUGGUGGUCCAGAUGUCCAAGAAAUCGUUAUCCAUCAACGUUGUAUGUAACUGUACGAGGACUGAAAGUUCCAGACUAUAUAAAGCCAUCUUGCUGCUCUAUGAUGGCUCUUCAGGAAGAAAAAGAUAAACCAGUACAUUAUGAAAAUCACCACGAGUCAAGAACAGUAGACAAAGAGCCUGGAUUAGAAGAUUCAAAGGAAAUAGUAGAGUGGAAACGACUGCCUGGACAGGCUUGCCGUAUCCCGAACAAGCACCUCUUCUCACUAAGUGCAGGAGAACGAGGAUGUUUUUGUCUUGAUUUCUCCCACAGUGGAAGAAUAUUAGCAGCGGCCUGUGCCAGCCGGGAUGGAUACCCAAUUAUGUUAUAUGAAAUUCCUUCUGGACGUUUCAUGAGAGAAUUGUGUGGCCACCUCAAUAUCAUUUAUGACCUUUCCUGGUCGAAAGAUGAUCGUUACAUCCUCACUUCGUCAUCUGAUGGCACUGCCAGGAUCUGGAAAAAUGAAAUAAAUAAUACAAAUACUUUGAGAGUUUUGCCUCAUCCUGCUUUUGUUUACACGGCUAAAUUCCACCCAGCUGUAAGAGAGCUUGUGGUUACGGGAUGCUAUGAUUCUGUGAUACGGAUAUGGAAAGUUGAGAUGAGAGAAAGUGCUGCUGUAUUGCUCCACCAGUUUAAUGCUCACAAGAGUUUCAUCAAUUCUCUCUGUUUUGAUGCUGAAGGUCAUCACAUGUAUUCAGGAGACUGCACAGGAGUGAUUAUUGUAUGGAAUACAUAUGUCAACAUUAAAGAUUUGCAGAACUCAGUAUACCACUGGACUAUAAAUAAGGAAAUUAAAGAAGCUGAAUUUAAGGGGAUUCCAAUAAGUUAUUUGGAGGUCCACCCCAAUGGAAAACGUUUGUUAAUCCAUACCAAAGAUAGUACUUUGAGAAUUAUGGAUCUUCGAAUAUUAGCAGCAAGGAAAUUUCUAGGUGCAGCAAAUUAUCGGGAAAAGAUUCACAGUACUUUGACGCCUUGUGGGACUUACCUCUUUGCAGGAAGUGAGGAUGGCAGAGUAUAUGUUUGGAACCCAGAAACAGGGGAACAAGUAGCAAUGUAUUCUGACCUGCCAUUCAAGUCACCUAUUCGAGACAUUGCUUACCAUCCUUUUGAAAAUAUGGUUGCAUUUUGUGCAUUUGGGCAGAAUGAGCCAAUUCUUCUUUAUAUUUAUGAUUUCAGUGUAGCCCAGCAGGAGGCUGAAAUGUUCAGAUGCUACAAUGCAACCUUUCCAUUACCUGAAAAACACCAAGGUCAAGAUGCACUGCGUUCCUGCCCUGAACUGACUCAUCAAGGUUCUUUUCAGAUUGGUGAAUAUGUGCACACUGAAAAUUCUUCAACAAAGAUGCAGAUAGUGAAACAAAGACUUGAAACUGUCACAGCCAACAAAAAUCUCAGGCUUACUUCAUCAGCUCCAUCCUCCUCUCAGCGCUGUAGGUUACGACAGUCAAACCUGCUGACCGCUGAUGAGAUGCCGCAUUGGUUUGGUUUCACUCAGCCUGGGAAUAUCGGCAUAGAAAGAAGGCAUUAUAGCCAUCAGGUAGAUUCAGCACCGAUGGUAGUGGCGCUUUAUGACUACACAGCGAGCCGAUCAGAUGAACUAACCAUCCAUCGCGGAGACAUUAUCCGAGUGUUUUUCAAAGAUAAUGAAGACUGGUGGUAUGGCAGCAUAGGAAAGGGACAGGAAGGCUAUUUUCCAGCUAAUCAUGUGGCUAGUGAAACACUGUAUCAAGAACUACCUCCAGAGAUAAAGGAACGAUCUCCUUCUUUGGCUUCCAAGGAAAAAGCUUUAGCUCCUCAAAAGGGAGAGCUAAAAGUACCUAUCAGCACUUAAAUCUUGGAAAGCAUGCAGAGCUGAGUUCUGAAACAAAAUCAGAGCCCUGAGGACUGGAGACGCAAAGAGAAUAUGCAAGUAAAGAAGCAUGAGCCUAGGGCCUGAAAAGUCACCCCGCUCGAGGUAAGAGGAAGACCAGCAGAAGGUUGUGUCACACGGUCCACAAGGAAAAGCGGGGAGGCUCAGCAACGCAACAGAGAAGAGCUGACCCAAGCACCCAUGAGAACGCCUGGGGAUUUGUAACAAGAGGCCUUGUGUGGCUCUGGAGAAGGCAGUUUGAUGGAGAGUCCUAGAGACAGAACUCAGAUUGUCUGCAGCCUGAAAGAAAAAGACCAUCAGAACUGUCUUAUUCUGUGAAAAUUGAAUACCUUUAGAAGGAAAGACAGGCCUCAGCAGUAACCAGUGAAAAACACUGGAGUGUAGAGAUCUUCAAGAGGAAUAAUUUAAAAACUGAAAGGACAGCCUCCUGAGGAGGUGUCUUUCAAGGUGUGGGAGCAGGGGGCGAGAACAUACAGGAUGCUCAUUUACACGGGUACGAGCGUGACUGUCACACGAGGAGGCGUGUGCAGCUGGGGCGAAAGUAGCACGGUCAUGGGACAGUCAUGCUUACCUCACCAGGGGCUCGUGCCGCCCAGCAGCAAGCACAGGCUCAAGCACCCCACUGUGAGCAUGCUAAAGCUAGUAGUGCAGGCUGCUUCUGCCCCUGAGACUGGCAAGUGGGAAAAUGAAUUUGAAUGACUGUUUUUGGGUAAGGGGUGGCAAGCUCUUGUUUUCUGAGGUGGAAGUUAAAAUGAAGUGCUAUGGCACUUUUCACACCCACAUGUGUGUCACUGUCUAGAAACCAUAUUCACAAUUUCCAGAAGUAUUUCUUGUGUUUUUGGUUUUGGUUUUUUGUGCAGUAACUAGGAUUGAACCUGGGAUUUUCCCUCCGACCUACAACCCCAGCCCUUCAUUUUUAUUUUUUAUUUUGAGACAGCAUCUCAUUAAAUUACUAGGUUGCGAGGCUGGGGAGAUUGUUCAGUAGAAUAAGCGCUUCCCUGGCAAGUGCAAGGGAAGUUCAAUUCCCAGUUCUGCCCAAAAAAAAGAAUUGCACAAGAUGUUCUUUAAAAAAAAUUGAUAUAAAGGACAGUAAACACAUUGAAAAUGUUUACUGUCCAGUGAAUUACUUUAGUAAACUAAAGUAAUAAAAUGAAAUGUAUUUUUUCCUCAUAAAAUGGUGACAAGUUUCAAAAUCUAAGAUACUUCUAAGGAAAUUGGUUCCGUUACACUGUUGGCAAUAGUGUAAUGAUUAAUCCUUUCUAUGGGGAGGAUAGUUUGAGAAUGAGAUUUUUAAUAAAAAGUUUUCAAAAUGUUUAUGUAGUCAAGCAUGGUGGCACACACCCGCAGGCCCAGCUGUUCAGGAAACAGGCAGGAAGAUCUCAUGAAUCCAGUUUGAGGACAGCCUUGGCAACACAGGGAGACCCUGACUCAGAACAAAGGAACUUAAACGUUUAUGUUCUGUGAUUUAAUGGCUCUACUCUGUGGAAUCAAUUUUAGGAAAAUAUUUAUGUACAUACAGGGAUUUCAUUAAAA